AUGGAAUCCAAAAGAAUCAGUAAAGACUCAAUGCUCGGAUUUUAUAUGAUGCCUCCCACAUCAGAAGAAAAUUUUGACCAAUCAGCCUAUCAAGAACAUAUAAAAAAUCUUGAUAAAUUAAUUAACGCACAAAAACUCGAAGUUGAAAACUUCGCUCCUGAUGAUUUUAAGAAUCACCAAUUACCCUUAGCCAGAAUCAAAAAAAUAAUGAAAUCUGAUGAAGACGUCCGAAUGAUAAGCUCUGAAACCCCAGCUUUAUUCGGCAAAGCUUGCGAAUUAUUUAUAAUCGAGCUAACUCAUCGAGCCUGAAUCCACACAGAAGAAGGAAAGCGUAGAAUCUUACAAAAAAACCAUAUCACAGCUUGCAUUAAUAAAACCGAUAUUUUUGACUUCCUCCAAGACCUAAUUACGAAAGAAACGGCGAAAAAUAGCUAA